AUGAACAGUAAGGAAUGCUUCAAGUGUGGACACUCUGGCCCUAAAGGAGGAGGAGCUCGAGGGCGCGGAGCUAGAGGUGGUGGCCGAGGUGCUCAGUGUAGUUCUGCCACUCUACCUGUCAUCUGUUACCCCUGCAGUGAGUCUGGUCAUCAUGCUAAGAACUGUAACCUUCUCGAUGACAUCUGCUACAACUGUGGGACAAGUGGCCACAUCGCCAAAGACUGUGUUAAGCCUAAGCGAAAGAGACAGCAGUGCUGUUACACCUGUGGCAGACCAGGGCAUCUGGCCCGUGAUUGUGACCAUCAGGAGGGGCAGAAGUGCUACUCUUGUGGCAAAUAUGGACACAUUCAGAAACACUGCGCCCGAGUCAAGUGCUACCGUUGUGGCGAGACCAGCCACAUGGCCAUCAACUGCGAGGUCAACUGCUCUCUGGGCGAACCUGGACAUCUAGGCCGGGAAUGCCCCAUUGAGGCUACCGCUUAA